UAUCGCUUCCGUUUUGUUGCAACGCGUGUCGGCGCCAUUUGCUUCUCUCUGUCUCUUGUCUAUAAUUUGGAAUAGAUCAGCUUUAUGGCCAAGGUUUAUUGGAUUGGUUAAUUAUGUAUGAAGUGUUCUAAAAUGGAAGCUUGGGCAAAUUUGUGUCGUUGCUGCCUGUCUCCCAAUUCCGGCGUGCCAUUGAUAGAUUCUGCACAAAACGCAAAUAACAAGUUUCUAGAAGUCACAUCCCUAGAGGUUAAACAAGACGAUGGGCUACCACAGAAACUCUGCGAGGAUUGCUACUCCAUUUUAAACUCUGCAUAUCAUUUCCGUAAACAAUGUUUGAAGAUGGACAAAGAGUUACGAUACCAACUAGAUUUGCUGAAGGCAGAGGAAGAAGGAGUAAGACAUAAAAAGAAGAAGAAAAAGAGUGCAGUUGACGUUGAUGAUGAAACCCUGAAACAAUUGGAGGGUAUUAUUAAAUCGGAACCAAUAGAUGUUGAUGAUGAUGACUAUUAUUACGUAUUAGUAAUAGAUGAAGAGAAGAAGAAAUCUCAAGAGAAUCAAGAUGUAGCAGAUAAAAUAAAAAUAGAACUAGUGAAUGAAACAGAAAAUGAAGUGAAUGAACAAACUGAAAGCCAAGACAGUCACUUCGAUGAGUCUUUUGAUACAUUUUUGUUAAGUAACUCAAAAGUAUCUGAUAAAGUUCCCGCAACUAUAUUAGAGAAUGAAGAAAUCCAAGAGAAUGAAUACGAAAGUAUGGAUGUUGAAACUGAAAAUGCAACAGAGAUGAUACCGCAUUUAAUACAAACUCAAGACGAAAUCGAUUCAAAUGAGGAUUCACAAACUAUUAUGGAACAGAUAUCAAGUAAUACGAAUAUUAUAAAAAUUCUAACCAAUUCGGGAAAUGAAAGAACAUUGAUGGUUAAAAAUGAUAAUGUGAAAUAUUCAUCAGAUCAACAGUAUAUUACGAUUGAAGGUGAUGAAGUUACAUCACAGGAGGAGGUGAUACUGUGUGAAGGUGAUGAUGCCACGCAGUACAAGUUCCUGAACUGUGACAGUAACAGUAUGGUGAUAGAGUAUGAUGAGGACAGUGAGUUCACAACGGUGAUGCAACAAGAAGAUGGGACAUUUAUAUGUGAAUGCGGUGAACAUUUUCAAGAUUUGAUCGAAUAUCAGAAACAUCAACACCAACACAAUCCCGGUGGUGAACAUUUAUGUAAUCUAUGUGGGAAAGGAUUUGAGACAUCGGAGAUUUUAGUUGGGCAUAUGUUAUUACACAGUGUGACUGGCCCUUUAGUGACAUGUCCGUUUUGUAAGCAAUUAAUUCGUCGCAACUCUUUGACGCAACAUAUUAAAUAUGUGCAUAAUAAUAAACCUCGUUGCACGAUUUGCUUCAAAACGUUCGCGAAUCAACAUAACCUCAAACGUCAUAUGAUGAUACACAACGAUAUAAGAGAAUUUGAAUGUGACAUUUGUUUGAGAAGAUUCCAUCAGAAAAUAACAAUGCAAACACAUAGGUUAAAUCAUUUGAACGCAUUUUCAUGUAAUCAAUGCGAUAUGACGUUUAAAAGUAAAGAAGCGUUAACAACGCAUCGUGAUUUCGACGAAUGCAAUAAAAGUAAAGUGAUCCAAGCUAAGGAAGAAUUAAUGAAAACAGUCAAACAGGAAAUCAAGACUAGUGUAGGCAAAGUUUUAGGAUAUGCUUGUUCGUUGUGCAAGAAAAUGUUUUCUUUAGAGUCAGCAUUAGAACAACAUAUAGAGAGUACUCAUAUAGUUGAGAGUAGUGAGUUUACUGAGGCACAGAAAAUAAUGCGGAAUAAAAGUAUAAAGAGAUUUGAAUGCAGUAUUUGUGGUAAAAGUUGUGCGAGUCAAGCAAUGCUGACAAUGCACGAACGUGUUCAUACAAAUGAGAGGCCAUUCCCUUGUCAAUUAUGUCCGUUGAGAUUUAAAACUAAAACACAUCUGCGGACACAUCAAUUGACACAUACAAGGGAAAAGAAAUUCGGAUGUUCUGUGUGUAUGAAAUAUUUCGCCUUAAAAGGUAAUUUGGUUGUACAUUUGCGCACACAUACUGGAGAAAGGCCAUACGUUUGUUCUAUUUGUGGUGAAGGAUUUAUUGAUUCGAAAUAUCUUAAGAAACAUAAACUUAAGAAGCAUUCGAAUGACAGUGUUGCGUAUAUAGCCUAGUCUAGACCUUAAUUUAGUGUCCAGAUUUGUGUAUAUAUUUGUGAAAUUUCACUAGAAAACCUAUGAGUAUAACCACUUUUUUUUACAACAUAAUAACUGACAACCCUAACUCAAAUCAAAAAAAAAAGAUAGAAAAAUCUCACUUUAGAGUUGUUCUUAAAUAGAAAAAAUUCAAAAUACUUGAAGUGGGAUGUGAAUAAGAAAAAUUGACUACUUCAAUAGAUCAAUUAAAAGCCUCGCUAGAUUUACUUGUGAAAUUUCAUUAAAUAAGUCUUUUUAGGGAACUAAAUGUGAAUUAAAUAAAAUAUUUGGGUUUUUGUAUAAUAUAUAGUGUUUAAAAAUUCAAUAGGCUUAAAUGAAAAUGUCCUUUUAAUACUUUGACUCAAAUUUUGUAUGUUCUAAAAUCUAGCAAAUAGAUUAAAAAUUACUAAAUUCGAUACCAAUAAGUUUUAUGAAUAUGUUUCAAAAGGCCUACAUUUUUGACCGACUUCCCAAAAGAAGGAGGUACUCACUUCGUUUGUAUAUUUUCGUUUUUUUUUGUGUGUUACGGUAUAACUCCGCCACAAGUGGACCGAUUUUUGUCAACAACGAUUAUGGAAUCAAGUUAAAUUUGUAUCUUCAUAAUAAUUAAAAAUUAGCUUAUUUUUUUUUAAGAACAACCUGAGAAGGUAUUUUUAUUUUAAAAAAUCUUGUUUCCAUUUGUCUAUGGAUUUUGAUGUUCAGUAAAAAAUAAUAUUACGUCCGUUUUACAUAUCUGUGUGUUUCAAAUGUAAAUGUUACGAUUCUAUUGUAAAUUACAA